UGAGAGGAUUCAGUGUGCGGUGACUCGGGUGGAGUCGGCUUUACUGUCGGGAAACGAGCUCAAUCAUUAAGUUAAAGUAUUUUUAAAAAACACUCAAUUAGCGUGUUGAAAUUUAUCUUACCUCUGGAUGUUACUUCGCCAAAUACGCGUCGUAUGAGGUGUGUUUUAUAGCGGUUGUGGUGAGUGGAUUUGUUGGAGAGCUGCGUAAACUGGAGUUACGGGAAGCGAAGGAGAUUUUCUCGGCCCUGGUUUUCAUGAACGGGCCCCUUACAACUUACUAAAGUUCGCAGAUAUACUUCAGCUGCUCUCUAUUUUCACCAUUCCCCGGUUCGAGUUACUCUGUGAGAUUCACAGGAUAAGGCCUCACACAGAUGGGAAGAGUGUGUAUAAAGCACCUUGAAGGUGCACCCAAUCAUUGGACUAUUAGUUUUACAUAAUCCACUCAUCCUUAGAGACUACAGUGUGUAUGAUGUUAAUAAAGGCUUAAAGUCACAGGGAGAGAAAAAAAAAACUUUUUUUGACUCUUGCCUCACAUCCAAAUAUUGGUUCAAAGAACCUUUGUAAAUGAUCAUUAUCAUUUUUGUGACACCAAAAGUUUGAGACGACACCAUCAGAAUGAGUGCAGAAGGAUAUCAGUACAGAGCGCUGUAUGACUAUAAGAAAGAGAGGGAGGAGGAUAUUGACCUGCAUGUAGGGGACAUUCUUACAGUCAAUAAAGGUGCACUACUCACAGUUGGUUACACUGAGGGGAUGGAGGAGAGACCAGAUGAAAUCGGAUGGCUGCCUGGCUUUAAUGAAACUACUCAGGAAAAGGGGGACUUUCCUGGUACGUACGUGGAGUUCAUCGGCAAGAAAAAGAUUUCUCCACCAACUCCCAAACCAAGACCCCAAAGGCCUUUACCGGUGGCCCCAGGGCCCGCAAGGCCAGACUCGGACUCUGAGCAAAGCUCGAGCGCUCUGGUUGACCUGACGGAGCAGUUCACACCUCCAGAGGUAGCACCGCCCAUGCUUCUCAAGCUCCUUGAGGCCAUCGAGCGGAAAGGUCUAGACAACCCUACACUCUACAGAAACUUCACUGCUGGAGGAGGGCUGGAUGUCAGACAGUGCUUUGAUAGUGACCCUGCCUCGGUGGAUCUUGAGCAGAUGGACCUUCAGAUGUUGUGUGAUGGUCUGAGGAGGUAUCUUCAAGAUCUAGCUCAGCCUGUCAUCCCCUCUGUGGUCUACAGCGAGAUGAUACGCAUUGCUCAAGAAGUGCAGGGUACAGACGAAUGCGCACACCACCUGCGGCUGGUGGCCAGCUCCUCUGCACUUCCUCCGCAGUACUGGCUGACCCUGCAGAGCUUGCUGCACCACUUCUCCCGUGUAUGCCAGGCCUCAGCUGCCAACCUGCUUAGUGCUCGUGCCCUCGCUGAGAUCUUCAGCCCGGCACUCUUCAGACAACAGACCACCAGCUGUGAGCCCAGCCCAGAGGCACACAUUCGGAUAAUUGAAGUCCUGGUGACCAGCGAAUGGAGUGACAGUCAGGCGGCUCCAGCACUACCUCCCAAGCCACCCAAACCAACGUCUGUCACUAACAACGGUAUGAACAACAACAUGGCUCUGCAAGACGCUGAAUGGUACUGGGGGGACAUCUCCAGGGAGGAGGUCAACGAAAAGCUUAGGGACACUGCUGAUGGUACAUUUUUGGUCCGAGAUGCCUCCACUAAAAUGCAUGGGGAUUACACACUGACAUUGAGGAAAGGAGGUAACAACAAGCUGAUCAAAAUCUUCCAUCGUGAUGGAAAAUACGGCUUUUCAGACCCACUAACCUUCAACUCUGUGGUUGAGUUGAUCAACCACUAUCGGCACGAAUCUCUCGCCCAGUACAACCCCAAACUAGAUGUGAAACUACUGUAUCCUGUUUCCAAGCACCAACAGGAUCAGGUGGUAAAGGAGGACAAUAUAGAAGCUGUUGGGAAGAAGUUGCACGAAUACCACCAGCAGUACCAAGAAAAGAACAGAGAGUACGACCGACUCUAUGAGGAAUACACUAGAACAUCACAGGAAAUACAAAUGAAAAGGACUGCUAUUGAAGCUUUUAAUGAGACCAUAAAGAUCUUUGAAGAGCAGUGCCAGACGCAAGAACGGUACAGCAAAGAAUAUAUUGAGAAGUUCAGGAGAGAAGGCAAUGAGAAGGAAAUCCAAAGGAUAAUGGUCAACUAUGAGAAGUUAAAAUCGCGCAUCAGUGAAAUUGUGGACAGCAAACGUCGUCUUGAGGAAGAUCUGAAGAAGCAAGCGGCGGACUACAGAGAGAUCGACAAGCGGAUGAACAGCAUUAAGCCUGACCUCAUCCAGCUCAGAAAGACCAGGGAUCAGUACCUCAUGUGGUUGACACAGAAAGGGGUCCGACAGAAGAAACUCAACGAAUGGUUGGGAAUCAAAAACGACAACCAGGACGAUCAAUACUCAAUGGUGGAUGACGAUGAAGAUUUGCCACACCAUGACGAACGCUCCUGGAAGCUGGGUAACAUUAACCGCAUCCAGGCAGAGGCCCUGCUGCGGGGCAAGAGAGACGGAACAUUCCUGGUCAGGGACAGCAGCAAAGCUGGAUGUUACGCCUGUAGUGUUGUUGUGGAUGGUGAGGUCAAGCACUGCGUCAUCAACAAGACACCCACAGGAUAUGGCUUCGCUGAGCCCUACAACCUUUACAGCUCUCUGAAAGAACUGGUCUUGCACUACCAGCAUACGUCCCUGGUUCAGCACAAUGACUCUUUGAAUGUCACGUUAGCAUACCCAGUCUACGCACACCAGAGGCGGUGAGGACUCGUGAACACACCCUUGGGACUCGU